GAGCUCGCGGAACGUCUCCGAAGCUGUUGCUAUGGAGACGGAGUUCAAACACUGCGUGAAGCUCGAGUCUGACCGUGGGUUCAGGCGCUGAAGGGGAAAGUUUUCUUCCCAUUUUCGAACCGAGGCCGGAACCAGAAGCACCUACAGAACCGGUGGAAGAGGUGUCAUGCCGAAGAAAGCGAAGAAAAGUUUGGGGAGGACAGAAGGGGAGCGUUUGGUGCAGCUGCAUCACAGAGCUCAGGCUGAGGAGGAGAUGUCCAAGAAGAAGGAGGAGAUGCUGGCACUCUUCCUGAAGGACAAGCUGCAGAAGGAGCAGAGGAACACAGCGGUGAACCUGCUGAAGGUGACCGAUCGCUGGAGGUCCAUCCAGCGUCAGGCUCGGGUCACUGAGCUGCGAGGGAACAUAGUGGUGUCCCGGCAGAUGUUUGAGAGGGAGGUGGAUGAGCUGAACUUUGUCAUUGAGAAACUGAUGGGGGACCUGCAGGGGGCGGAGCGUCAGACUGCACAUGUGCAGGCCAGCCACCUGCAGCAGCUGGACCACCUUCUGGCUCAGGACCUCAAGCGAAUGGGGUGUCUGCACCAGGAUUGGGGAGGAGGCCUGCAAGACCUGUGUUCCUCGUACAGCUCUGAGAAGCAACAAAUGUUUGCGCAGUUUGAGGAGCAGCGGGACAAACUCCAGAGCAAAGUGUUCUCUGCAGAUCAGCACCACAAAGACGCCAUGCAGGAGAUAAAGAAGACAUCCACAGACAGAGAGAGCUGGUUCUCCAGCCAUUCUGACCCAAAGAACGUUCAAAUGGGGUUAAGAGACAAUCUGCACGAGAGCAUCUCCAACAUCCUGGGAUCUUGGAAGCACAACAUCAACAAUGUGAAGAAGAAGGAGGAGGAGGUGGCUCUUCUGCUGGAUUAUGUCACCCAACAACUGAAGAUCACGAUGAGACUGAAGAACAAGGCCGAGCAGCUGAGAGACAGGGUGAAAGCCACUGAGUGGGAGAAGGAGUUUAUGGAGGAGAAUCUGACCGCCUACAGGAACGAGAUGAACCUCAGGUUUUACCAGGCCCAGGGCCAGGUGGCAUCGGGUCGCCAAGCAACAAGGAAGCAGCUCACCCAGCUUGCAGUGCAGGGGGAUGCUGCCGCUGAGAAGCAGCAGGCCGCCAUCGCUCAGGGAGAGAAGGUGCUGCGAGCCGCUAAAAUGUGCCUCAAGUUGAAGCUCCAGCAUGAGGAUUUACCACCACUGUUUGCCCCUCUACACCUCCCCCCUGAGGAGGACACACAGGGGUCUGAGGAUGUUCAGCACCUGCAGCAGCGUCUGACCAAAGCUGUGCUGCAGCGGGACGCACUGAGGAAACACAAAUCAGACUUAAGCCAAGAAAACGUGCAACUCCAGCUGCUGCUGGGUCAGCACUCAUUUGGACUCCAUGAAGACUGCUGUCCUCUGCCCACGUCUCAGGCUCCCAUCAUCUCUGCACCAGCUGCUGGGCAACAGCGCCACACUGUGAUCGAAGCCGCACACAUAGCAAAAUAUUGCCUGUGAAAAAGUAGGAACACAAGUUUUGGAUCUGAAUGGACAGACAUCCUUUUAUUCUCAACAAACAUUCUGGAUAAUAAAAUUCUGGAAGUGUUGAGAUUCCUGUAAUUCCCCUGUUGGUAAAAUAAAGACACCUCCUCCAACUUGA